AUGGCGCCGUUGCCGGGGAUGAGUAAGAAAAUGGAUGAUGGUCCGACAACUGUAGUUGACAAUGUUGGGGGCAUUUCAGAUGCAUUUAAUUGGCUCAGUCAGACGGUGGAUAGUGGUGGCUAUUCAGAGGAUGUGACAUUAGACAUGGGAAUGGAAUAUGCUGAGACAACUGGUGCAGCAUUGAAGCAUAUGCAGGAUAAUGGCAACAUGUCUGUUGAAGGAAUUUCUUUAACUGCCGAUGAUAUUAUACAGAUGGAGUUUAGUGAUCCUAAGCAGGCUGCACGUUUGUACGAGGAGUACAGCCGUGUGAGAGGUUUUGGUAUUCGACAAGGGAAGAAAAUAAGAAACAAGAAAGGUGAAUUUGUGCGAUUCACUUAUCUGUGCAACCGCGAAGGCUUUAGAGAUAAAAAAUGGCUUCAGAUGCAUCAUCGUAAAAGGGAGCAUAAGGUUGUUACUAGGUGUGGGUGUCCAGCUGAGAUGAAGAUAAAACCAAGAGAUAGCACCGGAAAACGGUACGUGUCACGUUUUGUGGACAAUCACAACCAUGAUCUUUUACCUGCCAAGUUUGUUGAGAACUUGCCUUCACACCGUAAAAUUUCAGAUGUUGAUAAAGCCCAUAUGGAUAGCAUGAGACAAAACGAAGUUAGGCGGCAGCGAGCCCUUCAAAAUGGCGAUGUGAAUGCUGCCUUGAGGGCGUUAGUCAAUGCAGCAAGGAUUGAUGACAUAAUGUUUUGGCAAUAUGAGGUUGGGGUUGGGAAUCACAUGUGUGAUUUGUUUUGGAGCGAUGGACGUAGUCAAGAAGACUACAAAUUAUUUGGAGAUGUUCUUGCUUUUGAUGCAACAUAUGGACGGAACAAAUACAAUCUUCAGUUCCUCGAGUGCAUGGGUGGGAAACCACCUACGGCGGUCAUCACUGACGGGGAUAGAUCUAUGCGCAUAGCAAUCCAGCAAGUGUUUCCCGAAGCUCACCACUGGCUCUGUGCCUGGCAUUUAAUAAGGAACGCGACGGCCAAUGUUUGUAAUCCAAGAUUCACAUCUUUGUUCAGACAUUACAUGCUUGUAGACUUUGAGGUUGAAGAGUUUGAAAUGCACUGGCAAGCAAUGGUCGAAGAAUGUGGGACAAGUGACCAUGAGUGGGUUAAGGAUUUAUACACGAAGAAGUCUAGCUGGGCAACGACUUACAUUUGUGGUUCUUUCUUUGCAGGGAUAAGGACAACUUCCCGGUGUGAGUCAUUGCAUGCAAAGCUUGGUCGCUUUGUCGAGAAGAGAUAUGGAGUCCUAGACUUUGUCACAAACUUCCAGCGAUGUGUUGAUUUUCUCAGAGACAAUGAGGAUGAGCUCGAGUUUCGUUCAUCGUAUGGCACCCCAGUCAUUCAGACUCAUUUUCCAGAGUUAGAAAAGUCAGGUGCAUUGUGUUAUACAAGGGAAAUUUUUGUUAGAUAUCGUGAGUCUUUAAAACGGUCUGUUCGUGUUACGAUUGUGGAGUGCAUCGAAGCAGAUGAUAUUUGCGUUUACAUCACACAGAAAUAUCGUCGGCUGGAUAGGAUAUGGAAUGUCAAGCAGAAUUUGUCACAGGACACAUUUCAUUGUACUUGUCUUAGAAUGGAGUCCUUUGGCCUCCCUUGUGUGCAUAUCAUUGCUGUUCUUGUUCGAUUAGACAUUACUUCGCUUCCCAAUAGUCUGGUGCUGCCGCGGUGGUCCAAGAUAGCGAGAAUAGAUUUAUGCCGGGAUAGGGUAUGUAACCCACACAUUGAUCCAGAAGCAACUUAUCGGGCAAGGGUUGGAGCCAUUCUUCAACACUGUAAGCGUUUUGCAAAGGUUGCUUGUAUGAGGGAGGAAGACUAUAAAACAUAUUGUCAAAAGAUUGUGCAUGAGACAAAUAUGUUGGAAAUAAAGCAUGGGUUGCAAUGUCUAGCUACAAGCACACAUUCUGUACCCUGGGAAGGGGGAGUAAACGACCCGAUAAGCGUAAGGACGAAGGGAAUCGACAGAGGCAACGAACCUGUAGGGUCUAGAGGCAUUAAGCGAAGGAGAUGCAGCACCUGCGGCGUUCUCGGGCAUCGUAGGACGUGA